UUUUUUUUAAAGUCUCCUCUCUUUAAAAACAAACCGUCAAAUCUUAUGGUUUAUCGUGAAUAUGGAUUGAAUGUGGAGACUGAAACCUGCACCAAGCAGAGAGGCACAUCCAGGCCCUGGCAGGAGCAGGGCAGCAGGCAGGCAGCACGGCCCGGGGGCACGGGGGCUGUGUUCCAGCCAGGAUCCGGUUUUCCAGAAACUCUGAAUAACCAAGGUGCAGACUGUAAAACAUACAGGGCUUUUCAGGCACUAUUUGCAAGUCUUUAAAGAUAAGAGCAAUUGGGGUUCAGCGAGCUGGGCCUGCAGAAAUGCACCUCCCACAGCAGCUUCAUAUUUAUCCUCCAUGCCUCUGCUGAAAGCUGCACAGAGACCACCUCAGCCACGCUAGCUGCAGUGCAGCGGGCCAGGUUUCCGUGACUUGCUCCUCCUUGCUGUCGUGUGCCCGUAUUUCCCAGCUGUGCCACACGUGCACAAGGCUGGGCAGCAGCACUGCCAGCGGGUGCACCUCUUGCACACAGGCAGGCGCAGUGUUCUGGGGAGCUCCUGCUAGCACACCCCUCACGGCGUUUUCUUCUUCCACUCUGCCAUCAGCAGCGUUUUGAGGCCAGGACCCAAUGUUAGCAGGGAGAGGAAAAUGCCUUUUUUUUAUAUAUAAGCAUCGACAAUGCAUUUUACAAUGCUGCUACUGCCAUCCGAACAAAACUCAGAGCAUGUUUUAUUCCCGGACCGUUCCUAGAGGGCAGCUGCGAGGCGCUGGGUGCUGCACAAGGACUGUACCACUUCAGGAAGCUGGGGCUUCUGUUCUCUGAACCAUGGGAGCUGUAGUCGCCGUGCUGAGGGCUGAGCCAUGCGCAGACUGCGUUUCCCACGGAGCCGUGCGGGCAGGAAGCCCUUCUCGGAGCUGGCAGCACUAUGACAGCAGAAACGACACGGCUGUCCCUCUGAAUCUCCGGCCUGCCUGCUGUCAUGCACUGUCUGUUCUCUGCCUGCGGAGCACUUCGGGUCCGUGCUAAAGCCACCGCCAUCCGUGGGCCCCCGUCACUCAACAUGUUCCCUGCUGGGAAGCUCCCAGGAGGCUGCAGAGCCAUCAGAGCGCACCAUCUCCGGCACCGCUCUGUCAACGGGGCCUCCCCAAACUUGGCUUUCGUACCGGCCUGCCUCCCCCCGCAUCCCGUGGAAGUUGAGGAGCUGCAGCGUUUUGUUUCCAACUCCAAGAAGCUGUUUGUCAUGACGGGAGCUGGGAUCUCCACUGAGUCGGGGAUCCCCGAUUACCGCUCGGAAGGCGUGGGGCUCUACGCCAGGUCGGACCGGCGGCCCGUCCAGCUCGCAGAGUUCGUCCGCAGCGCCAGCGCCCGGCAGCGCUACUGGGCAAGGAACUUUGUGGGCUGGCCUCAGUUCUCCUCUCACCAGCCAAACACGGCCCACCUGGUGCUGAGGCACUGGGAGGAGCUGGGGAAGCUGCACUGGCUGGUGACCCAGAACGUGGACGCGCUUCACACCAAAGCUGGGAGCCAGCGCGUGACAGAACUGCACGGCUGCACGCACAGGGUUUUCUGCCUCACCUGUGGAGAUCAAACCUCGCGCUCUGAGCUUCAGGAGCACUUUGAAGCUCUGAACCCUAGCUGGAAAGCUGAAGCCCUCGGUGUGGCUCCGGAUGGGGAUGUCUUCCUGACAGACGAGCAGGUGCGCAAUUUCCAAGUCCCAGCUUGCAGGCAGUGCGGUGGAAUCCUGAAGCCUGACGUGACGUUCUUUGGAGACACGGUGAGCCGGGAAAAGGUGGAUUUUGUGCACCAACGCCUGGCAGAAUCAGACUCCAUGCUGGUGGCAGGAUCCUCUAUGCAGGUGUACUCUGGUUACAGGUUUGCGCUGGCUGCCCGGGAGAAGCAGCUGCCCAUUGCAGUCCUCAACAUUGGGCCCACAAGGUUAGAUCACUUUGCGUCCCUCAAGCUGAAUUCCCGCUGUGGAGAGCUGCUGCCUUUGAUUGUUGCACACUGAGCCAACAAGAUGAGCAUCAGUGGCUGUCAGGGGUAAAAUCGUCUCUACAAGGACUUGCCUCUCCAAAGGGGAAUUACUUCGGUCUGAAAUGCAGCUGUGAGAUCCUUACACAUGGCCCCCGGUGACACCAGGAGAGGGCAGCAAGCCUCCCACGUCAGCCUGACAGUUUUCUGCCCUGAAACCAUCUCCACCGAACGAGGAAGGAGGAGGAUGAUGACAAGGAGUUCUUUCCUGCCUUCCCUCGCCGUGUGAACAGGGCCUUUUCUUUGCAUUCACUGGCAAAGGACGGGACUGGGACAGGAUAUUCAGACAUCUGAGAACAAAAUAUGUAUUUUUAACUGGUUGUUCCCAGAGAAGAAUGGGGGACGGGGAGUUUGACCGAGUUACUUCAGGCAGAACAGCGCAGGAGGGCGAUGUGGAACACGCUGUAUCAGCUGGAGGAUCCCACAUUGUUCGUGGGCAAACGUGGAGCAGAGAAGGUAAAGGAGGCAAAAGGAACCACAGUUGCCAUUUCCCAAAAAUACGGAUCAAAAGAGAAGCUGAACAAGAAUACUGCUCUUGUAAUAAAUCAUUUGAAAGCGCAGACCACAGAGCUGACGUCAGCGAGGAGGGGAAGUCAGCAUUGCUCUGCCAGCUGAUCAGCUGAACUGCUCGCCAUUUCUAAGAGGUUCAGAUGGUGAACUGCUCACCAUCUGAACCUCUUAGAAAUGGCAUAUUGUUGAGAUGCCAGAGGAUUCACUUCCAGCUAAUCUGACCAGAGCUGCUUUCAGUGGCGCUGCUACCUUUUCAAAAAAUGCAUUUUUAGAAGAUGUUGUUUAACUAAUGAAUAGCUAAGUAGUGAAUUAAAAUUGUUUACAUGACUGCUA